CCUGGCCCGACAUACUGAGCACUUGAUUCUCAGUAUAGCCGAUCGGAAAUCGAAGAGUGUCUCUGCGUUGAAAGCCACCAUGGAUGAGUUAUUGCAAUGUCCCGAUCACGGUCCAACCCCCACUCAGAUUUUGAAUAACUUCGCGAGAGUGAUGCCUGAUCCCCUAAGGACCACUCUGUACCCCUGUACGAAAGAGGACGACAUGACUUACGAGAGACUUAGUAAGAUCGCCGUAGAUCAGGUCGGCUUCCUAAUGGAGGCCAAUUGCUGGAAGGACCUGCAGAAAGGAGGGCGACGGAAGAACAAAACCAUCGCAGGUGGUAUAGAAGGGAACGACAGUCUUCUAGUUAGGUUUGAGGGAGGGGGAGUCGAAGCACUAUCCAACAAAAACAUAGAUUACGGACUGGAAGAGCCUAACAUCAACCAAGUAGCCCAGCAAGGCGACAGGGAGCAAGAGGAGGCCGACGAAGAGGUGGAGGAAGAGGACGUGGCACCCAAGGGAGUGGUAGCAAAGGUAGCUAUUACGCGGGAGGUAGGGGUAAUGGUUCCCCGCAAGGUGGACGCGGCUCCUCCACAGGUGGAAGAUGUAGGGGGCACAACCCAUGGCCAACACGUUCAAGGAUCGCUGAUGGCGAACCUUGGAAGAGAUGGGCAUCGAGAAAUCAUUGUGGCAAAAGAGGCUUAAUGCCAACCAAUGCCUAAAAUGUGGUGAUCCCAACCACAUUGUCUGUUUUUGCCCAGACUACUGGUACCCAAAAG